AUGGCUCCUAAAGUGCCGACCCUCAAGGGGAAGAAAUCCAACCUCGGCAAGUUACUCUUGUCAUCCUCCCCGUCAGAUGCGCCCUCCAGUAACUCACGUUCCGCGACUCCCCGUUCAGAUGCUUCGACGCCGCGUAUUGGUCAGCGCCACACUCCAGGUAGUCUCCGAACUCUGCUUGGACGCCUUCGCGACAAACAGCCGGAGUUUGAGAUGUUGUCUCCAUCUUCGUCAUCUCUCGCUCCGGAGCCCUCCCCACCAAAGAUCUCCAAGCUGGCAAAGGCAUUUGUCGACUCCUUAACCACCCAGCAGCUUUCCAACUUCCUGACUUGGAUGCUCUACUAUGAUGUGGUCGAACUCCCAGACUCGCCUACUAUGUGGUACGAGAUGAUCAACUCGAUGGAGAUGCGUGGCUGGGUCGCCUUGGGUGAGUUUCUCUUCAAGGCCGUCGAGACAGGUUACGGCUUCGAUCUCAUUGUCUUGGACUCGAUUUGCGAUCGCAUCAAUCUUAAGCGAACCACUGUCCACGAUCUCCUGAUGCAGUUUGCUAACCCAAAGAUGAUGGCCUUUACGCAGUCUGCUACUACUAUCCGCGCUGCAACAGCAGAGGGCAAGUCAGAGUUGGAGGUCUUCGAAGCAGCACAGGCUAAGUUGUAUUCACUACACAAGCUCGCUACAAAUCUUAAGCCGACGGAAAACUCAAUCUACGAUGUAUGGCAUGCGAUGGUCCAGAAGCGUCUUCGGGGCUUUCAGCACCUGGUGAUUGGCCCGCGCAUUGCUCACCUUCGCUCAGGCGUGCCCCUUAUCACUGCUCCCACUCCUGAUCAGUCGCCAAAGGAGAUCCAAGACAGCAUCAAGCUCAAGUACUUAUAUGAGGCGAUGCAGCAGGAGCGUCGAGUACCGUUAGUGCGCUAUGGUAUUCACUCGGGCGCGACUGCGCGUGUCCAUCCUACGCCACCGUCUUCACCACUUAGCACCGUGUCUGAUCAGAAUGAUAUUGAGCUUGCUCGAUCACACGCGAUCCAGCUUAUGAAAGCUAACCAAGACCUACAUGCACAAGUUGCAAAGCUCACUCGCGAGAAUGAGGAGUUGACAGAAUCCAACGAUAGCCUGGCGCGUAAGAUUGCUACUCUCGGUGGGAUCCAGCCAGCUUCGUACGCAUCGCCGGCCCACCUCCAGGUCCCGCAGGCUCGCGGCCGGCCACGUUCACUCUCGCAUGGCACUGGAGAGAAACUUGCUGCCGAGGUAAACGCAAAACUCAACAUUUCUCAGCGCUCACACAAGCGCAAGCAAUCCGAAAUCCUAUCGUGGAAGUAUGAGGAUAUCUUCUCGCCACUAGAAGGAAAGCCGAUGCCAGCGUUGCGGCUAUCCGACCCUGCCACUGCGGAGUUAGUAGCACCCAAUCCUCCUCCUGCGAUCCCGCAUAUUCACUCGCCGCGUCCUGUCAGCCACACAUCUAAUCGUACCCGUCGUAGUGGAAUGAUUUUCGACCCUGCAUCGGUGGCGCAUCUAGCUAGUGUAGGCGAAUCGACACCACAUGUAGUUGAGUCCGAUGACGAGCAGAAUGCAGUUGAAGUCUCUACUCCAACCCCGCUGAUGCGUCAGCGGUUGAACUACGAGUAG